AUGGGAGUCGGUUUGAUCAUCUCCUAUUGUGUUACAGCUUUUGUAGUAGAUACUGCCUUCAAUGGUGUCGGUCUACCAGUCAAAUCGCUCCCCAAGGAUGAACGGACACGUAUUCAAUUCGGAUCAUGGAUGAUACAAAAGUUCUGGGCCCCAUCGAUGGCCUUUGUCAAGAUCUCAAUUGUCGUCUUUAUUAAACGACUCUUCGGCUCAAUCCGUGCAUACAUCGUUGUUUCCUACUGUUUGAUCGCAUUUAUCGCCACAUGGGCUCUCGCUGCCCUAUUGACUAACACCUUCCAAUGCAUACCGGUGCAAUACUACUACGAUAAAGACUUGAAAGGACACUGUAUGUCAGGGCAGGUUCAAUUCUUCCAGACUAUGGGCUCGAUUGCAUUGAUUGAAGAUGUUAUCAUUCUCUGCAUGCCGAUUCCUGUAUUUUGGAAGCUACAAAUCAACACUCGGCAGAAAAUAGCACUGAUGCUGGUGUUUUCUCUGGGUGGACUCGUCUGUAUCUUCAGUUUGAUGCGGCUGAUUGAAUUCCGCCAAUUCCAGCUUACCGACCUUGCAGCCUCAAGCGCCAAAGAGUCCAUCUGGACAUGUCUCGAACUCAACGUGGCCAUCAUUUGCGGCUGUCUCCCAUUUCUUAACCCACUCGUGCAAGGCGUUCGCAGCAAAGUCCGAAGUAAUGCCUCAAAAUACCAUUCCCAACGGUCUACCGGAUCCAACCUCCAACUACACACGCGGGGAAACAAAGGCGAUUUCCGAGAGCUUGGUAGUGAUUGUGGAGCGUCAGCGAACUCACAUAGCCACAAUGCUAUGGUUACGGCAAGCAGUUCAGAUAUGGAGAAUAAUAGGCUGAACACCAAUGGGCACUCCGACACAUGGGUACAUAGGGAAGAUCCGGUGAAUUUUAUGGGAAGGAAAUGA